AUGAAAUCGAUUUAUUUAGGUAAUACAACAAUGGAUGCAACACUUUCAUUUGUUAUGGCAAAUAUGGCUCAAUGUCAACCGAAUCAUAUUGCAUUAGAUCCUUUUUGUGGCACAGGUGGAAUUCUUCUUGCUUGUGCUGAAUAUGGUAGUUAUGUUGUUGGUAGUGAAUUUGAUUGGCGUCUAUUAACAGCAAAAGCUAAACCAACUAAAGCCAAUACGAAAAACUUAGCUCGUAAACCAGAUGAAAUGAUGUAUAAAAAUUUUUCGGAUUAUGGUACAUUAAAUCGUUUUUUGGGUGUUGUUGGAGCUGAUUUUGCAUAUCCACCAUGGCGGCCAGCAUUUUCUUUUGAUGCUAUUAUAUCUGAUCCACCUUAUGGUAUUCGUGAAUCAUCUCAACAUAAAAGUCGUCGACAAGGUGAUGCAACAGAUACUGAACCAGAAAAAUAUGAUUUAACAAAUAUUUAUGUUGAUUUAAUAAAUUUUGCUAAUAUUUAUUUACGUAUUGGUGGUCGAUUAGUUUUUUUUAUGCCAACACAUAUAAUGACAUAUGAUGAAAGUUUAUUACCAACACAUCCAUGUUUCAAAUUAUUUUCUAAUGAUGAACAACAACUUAAUCAUACAACUAGUCGACGAUUAAUCACAAUGAUUAAAGUACGUGAAAGUACUGGUGAUGAAAAAGCUACUGUGAAUGAAAAACUAUUUAAUAAUUUUCGUGAUUUAUAUUUUACACCAAAUACUAAAAUUUGGGAACAAUUGAACAGUGAAAAUGAUACAAGUAAUUCUUCUGUUGUUUCGAAAAAAAGAAAUCAUGAUGAAUGA